AUGGCAGUGGCCGAAGAGGCCGUGAGCUGUGGCGGCGUGCUGUUGGCGGUGUCAUUGGACAUCGCCAACGCAUUCAAUAGUCUGCCAUUCAACUGCAUCAGGGAAGCACUCCACUAUCAUGGGGUGCCAAAGUACCUGAGGCGGCUAGUGGCAGACUAUUUAGAGGAGCGUACCGUCGUGUACGAAGACCGAGACGGUAAUUCGAGGUGUCGGCCCAUGUCGUGCGGUGUUCCACAGGGGUCUGUUCUUGGACCCCUCUUGUGGAACAUAGGGUACGACUGGGCCCUUCGAGCCGAUUUCCCCCCCGGGCUGGGUGUAAUUUGUUACGCAGAUACUCUGGUGACAGCCCGGGGGGCGAACUUCGCCUGGCCAGAAGGGGAGUCUCCCUGGUGGUCGGGCGCAUUGAGGCGCUGGGCUUACGGGUGGCCCUAG